CGGACCAAGAACGAACUCUUAGUGGCUAAUCAAUGAGGAGUCGAUACUGUUUGCACCUGCCGAAUUUGCUAUGCCUCCCUAGGAUGGUGAUAAUAUUGAGCUUACUUCUAUUCAUAACACUGAUUGUUCAAACGACAGUUGCGACGAGUGAAACGCCGUGCGCACAACAUUGCUCUGGAAAAGCGAGUUUUGUGAAUCUGUCCGCUGAACACGUUUACACCUACGGUUUCACAAUCAAGCACUAUGUUCAUCCAAGUCUGUCGGACAAACAAAUUGAAAAUACGCAGAGCGGGCUGGUUCAUUUGACUACAAUAUCCCCUUGUCUCGCAGAAAUUAAGCUCACGGAUGUGCGUGAACAAUCACAAGUCAGUUAUGAAGGCGAAGACGUCCAGUAUGCUUCACCAUUGAAUUACGCCAGCGACAAAGUCGUGCAGUUUUGCUACGAUAAUGGACGGAUACAAAAGGUUUGGAUGGAUGAUGCGGACAGCACGCAGCUUUCGAAUUUGAAACGUGCCAUCUUGUCACAUUUGCAACUAUCGAUUGAUAGCCUGGAGCUCCCCACCUACACCACCGAGAGUGAUAUCUCCGGACGAUGUCUCACGGAAUUUCACCCUGUCAAAGAAGAAACGAAGAGCGUGACCAUCAUGAAAACAAAGUACACUACCGGUUGCACAGACAAAUAUGUAUUCCAGUCUCCUCUGGCAAACUACGAAAUUGAUGCGCCUACGCAAUCAAGUAAACUACCGCACGUUACGGGUAUAAUGCAGUGCGAAAUUCAGCUGAAACCGACCCAAGAAAUACAACGAACCAGUUGUAACGAGGCACUGAACAUAACAUCUUCCAGUCUGAUGCAAAAUUCGCAGUCCGUUGUGGUGAGAACAAUCACCGAAAUCCGGCUUGUUCGGAAAAGUCAGUCAGAAAAAAGCAGUGUUUUCAAAACAGAGGGUAGUCACGAAAGCUCAAUGUUCUUCGCGAAUCCUACCGCCACCAGCAGCAACUAUGAUCGGUUCAGACUCCAAGAAAUUGUGGAAUUAUUUAUUGAACUGGAUAACUUGGAUGUGACUGAACAGGCAAAACAAUUUUAUCAUUUGACCGAAAUUAUUCGAGCCAUGCGACUGGAGGAACUUGAAGAGUUGCACACAAAAAUUUCUCUACUAAACUCAAACCACACAAAGCAUCGCUUUCAGGAUGUCGUGUUGAGCGCCGGAACACCAAAUGCCAUUCGAUUUUUGUUUUCAAAGAAGAUGAAUGAGCAGUUCUUGGCGGUGGACAAAGAAAAAGCCCUGAAAGCACUUCGACAUCCAACGCUUCAGAUUGUUCCCAUUCUAAGGGUCAGAACCGUCCUGCACGCCAUCGGAAACAUCGGAAAAUAUGUUCACCCUGAAUUGUUAUCAAGACUUCUGGCGAACUGUUUAGGUAAUGAAUUGGCCGACGUCAGUUUAAAAGUUGCUGCCGCUAAGGCAGUCCGCGAGGCGGACAAGAUCCAGCAAAUUGAGGAAAUCCUCUGGAAGUGCCUCAAUGACCAAAGUGAGGACACAGAAGUUCGAAUUGUCGCAUAUCAAAUUUACAUGAGAUGCCCGUCUACAGAGAAGUUUGACAAUGUGACACGGCUAUUAGAAAUUGAGCUAUCUCAGCAGGUUGGCUCUUACAUCCACAGUCACCUUGUCAGUCUGUUGUCCACCGAAAACCAUAUGAAGCAAUCGUGGCGUGCACUUCUAACACCGUACGAGACAAAAAUUAUACUAGCCGGAAAGAAGUUUACCCUGAACUCACGCUCCUAUUCCAAACAUUAUGAACAUGUGUUAGUUUUCGAACAGCAAACAGUUCAAAUGGAGGCCUCCAUUGUCUUCGGACCAGAAAGUUUUAUUCCGCGCUCUGCCACCCUAAACCUGACUCUAAUCGCAUAUGGACGCGUGAUGAAUUUGUUCGAACUCUGCCUUCGAUCUACAAAUCAGCAGGCUUUGGUGAAACUAUGGCGUCGUCUGCUCUGGAAAACCGAUGAUGAACGGACACCACAAUUGAAGCACGCGGAUCAGUUUGAUCCAGGAACCCGGCGGUACCCCUUCAGAACGAACAAGCUCCCACUCACAUCACUUUACAUCCGCCAGUCAGGGGAAGAAAGAAUUUAUAUACCAAACCUUACAACAGGCACACUGAGUAACUACGUAAAAGAAGCUUUUGGAAUACCAAAACCGCCACCCAACCAGACAGCACACAGCUCUUUUCUCUGGGACUUGUCGUUGUUGUUGCCUACCAUUGGUGGUUCGGUUAUUAGUCAGCAAAUCACCGGUGUGCUCUAUGGAAGAUUCAAGCAUUACUUUGCUAUGGGCCCAUCAUACGAAUUGAAUCUGGACUUAGAACAUGCAUUUCGAAUCGUACAGGAUUUGCGACUAAACGGACAAGCAAAAGUACUCGGAACAAGACACGAAAUUUCUGUUGCUGUGUCAGCUAACACUGAUGCCUCCGCCAGGUUCAAGAUUUCCAAUGACUGGGAUGUCCAACUUCUUUUGAAACCAUGGGUGAAACCUGUACAACUGUUUAAGCUGGACAAACGCAAUUCAGUCUAUGUAGACCACCACGAGUUCGAGUUGCCAGGACCCUCGGAGAAAACAAUGGAGCGUUUCCGUUUUCCACCUGAAAUCACUCGUGUUUUCGGGUUAGUUGGUGGGCUUCGGAAGAUGUCUCCAAAAUUUAAAACACAGACAAAUCAGCUUGCUGGAUAUGAAUUAGUGAUAGACCAGUUUUAUGGAAUUGAAUGGCGUUUAAACGUGGAUAGUGGAUUUUCGUUGUUGGGCGGUAUCCGACGUAUUAAUGUUGUCUUCAAACGCCCCGGAUGCCCUGUGGAGGCUUUAAAUAACGGAAGAUACGCGGAGUUCUCCAUCCAGUCGGACUGGUUUAACCGAACAACCCAGUACGUGGAUCUCAUAGCGAAAGCUCCGUGGGGUCAUGAGUUGGAAGUUCGAGCAAAAUUCAGUGAAAAAGGGAUUGUUCAGGCGACCGUAAACAUCAACGAACAGCACUGUGACUUAUAUGGUGUCUACGAACAGACCCAUCAACAAACCAAGCUGACAGCACAUUUGUCACAUCCACGAGGACGUCUGUUACUUGCGUUCCGAGGUAACUUUACGGGGAGCCAUCAGCUGGUGGUGCGUGAAAUAGAACAGAUGAAUACAUUUCAGUUGACAAUGAUUAAACGCUCGAUACGGUCAAGACACACGCAAUACCCCACUUUUCAUCGCACGCAUCACGAGACACGUCUAUCACUGGGGCACGAUCAGACCGUUCAUUUGCAAUUAGAGUGGAACGCUGGAGACAAAAACGGGUUGCUUCGUGAAGGAGUAGUUAAGUUAAGUAGUCAUACUUUGAUGGGUGCCGUAAAAAUACGCGGUGACUUCUCUUGGACUGAAGGAGAUCAACUGAGCACGCUCGACAAUGCUGUUGAAGGCUACGGGCGUCAACUGCAUCUGACUGAACUAGCAUUGGACCUGAGUCAAUUUAUGUCCAAAGAAUUUUGGAUUCUGCAUACGAACAAGCCCGCUAUCUUUAGCUUAUAUGGAUGGACAUAUUCACCACAGAAUGACCGCUUGAAUUCGAACGCUUCCCUGAUCUGGUGGCUUGCUUACAGACUGGAUCAAGGAGGAGAAUUGAAGGCCAGAGCAACGUUGAGUAUUCCAAUACAAAACAUCGAUAGUGUUGCGAAUGGUGAAUUACAUUGGAAAGGACAUACCAACCACAAACUCCCAUGGAUCACACAAAUACAAGCUAUUCUCACGUUACGUUUAUUCCCUGAAAACAUUGGUCGCUAUAUUCAUCUCACUUGUUCCCAUGUCAUCGAACAUGAUGCGAUCACCACUAUAUCACUGGAACUCCAGCCUUACGCCGUUUAUGUCGUUGAAAGCCAUCUUAUUCGUGGGCAAAGUGUACACAUUAUGCGCUUAAAAUGGCCCGAGAAUCGGUCACUCAACAUGAAGACUUCGUAUAAACUUCAAAUCGGAAAGAACAUACAACUUGGAUUCGACAGCGCUGUCACGCUCAACGAUAUACCCUAUUUAGACUUCAAAAGCGAAUUCGAAUAUGAGCAUACUAGAGGGAGGUUUGAACUCUUGCAUGUAAGCAGGCGGAGGCUGAAAGAAGACAGUGAACUACUCGCCCAUUGUCAACUGGGUACAGAACUUCAUUCGUCACUCACCUUCAGUCCCUUCACCAUCACUUAUGUCGGGUCUGGUCACAUUUUGGUGCUCAUUCCACAGAUCUUUGUCAACACUGGAUUGGAGUUGUUCACUUCGUUAGGGAUAAGUAUUGGGCAAGGCCACAUCAAAUUUGUGGCUCUACAAAAACACCAAGGGACUCAGGAGAAGUAUGGGAUCGAGUUCGUUAAUUUUUUUGAAAAUACGAUAACGCAGACGUCGGUUGCUUCUACUCUACUAUUGCAUUUAGACCCUAAAACAGACCCAGUUUCGGAUCACAAACAAACGGGUUGGAAUAUUCGCUAUAAUUCGUCCAGGAGGUCCAGAAUUAUUACUGUUGAAUUAAUUCACACCAACCUGGGUAGUUUGACACUCACUGAGAAGAACCGCCUCCGAUCUCAUCCAGGAUACAACAUGGACGGAUCGAUAAUGUUUGCACUGAAUCCAUCCACAAGCUUUGGCGAAUUUACUGGCUGGUAUGCCAAUUACAAUUAUGACGUGGAAUUCUCAGCCGAGCGUUAUGCUGUCGGAGUGCAUGGGGAGUUUACUCCGCGUUCAGGAGUAGGUCCAGGAACUCCAUUACGUUUGCACUUCAGUUUCACACCUGAAAACAACUUCGAAUCGGGAACAAUUGAAUCCGUGAUCAAUUCACAACAUCUUGGAUACUGGACGGGUUAUGAAAUGGUCACGAUCAUGUCCAACUAUAUGUAUGAAAAUCACCAUGCCAAAACAACCAACAAAACACUUUCGAUUCGAAGCAUUUUGGGAUAUAGGCUUUUUGAAGGGAGAGGGACAAGGGCAUUUGAAGGGUCUGCGUUAAUCCUUAUCAGCCCUACAGGAAAUAUGCUACAAGGAUGGUUGAAAUUCGGGCGUCCUGGUACAACGACCAGUAAUCAGGUAUUCGGUGGAUAUGCGUUUCUCAAGAACCGAGUGGAUGUGUGGGUUUCCGUGUAUCUCAAUGAGAGAGAGGAGCUUCGUUCACGUUUGGCUUUGGUACAGGAAGAUAGUUGGAUGAAAGUGGAUUGCAGCGCCCAAAUAAGCAUUCCUCGUUUGGAGUUAGCUGCAGAACUUCGAGAAACGGUGACGAACCGGAACCAAACGGUUCUCGAAGAGAACACAAACAUUGAUAUAAAACUACCGAAUGCUGUGAGAUACUAUGCUAACAAAAGUCUUUGGGUGAAAUUAGGUGACGAUUGCGGAGUCAGUCUUCCACAAUUAAUGCUUGAAUGGGAGUCUAACGUGCGCUGGUUGAGAAAAGGUACUGUGGAAUACCAAAGAACCAAAACCGAAAGCCGUCAUUAUUUGGAUGUUACGGCUAACUGGGAUAAUUACACAACCCUGAAUCUGAGUCAUUUCGGCACUUUGAAUUCAAACCACUAUUUCGCGCAUGCAAAAAUGGGAAAGAAAGAUAUAACCGCUCGCUUCAAGACACAAAAUUUUCAAAAUAAUAGUGGGUUGGUGUUGAUGGAAAUGAACGUACCAUUCAAAAUGCUUUCUUUCCGGCUUCAAACAAACGCGUCUCACUCAACAAAUGAUCAGUCCAAUAGUCAUCUGGUUCACAUAAAUGCACCUCAUCUUUUGUUGCGUAAUCUCGUAAUUCAGCACGGCUUUCAACGCAUAAUCAACAAUACAAACUUGGUCAAACUAAAAGCAACAGAGCUGAUCGCAUUCGGAGGCAAAACUUUCUUUGAUCACAAAUUUGUCUUUGUUCCGGAUCAACAGUUUGAAUUCGUACUUCACUGCAUGCCGUUAAAUGCCCACGUGAACAAUGUGACCAUCGUUCUACAAGCAAAUAAAGCAUCCCAAGCUAAGAUUCCUGGCAGUUUUGUUGUAAAAAGCAUCAUUGAAUUGAAUCCUUUGAUACCUCGAAUUGAAGGGACACUGAAAGCUACUUCUUUACCAACCGAUCACUCCGUGCCAAAUAAUUUCGAUAACCUUUCACCACACAGUUUAACUGGAUUAGAACGCACCCAUCCACUGCGUGGAGUAUUCAGAUACGUUGCAGCUAACGCCGACACGCCUAACUUGAUUGAGGCAAAUCAACAGAUCCAAGUCGGCCUGGGAAACUAUAAUUCGACUGUUUCAAGUCGCAUUGGAGUACACUCGUUCAAAGUGAUUGGAGAACUCUCAGUGGGUGUCUUAUCUAUGUUGGACUCCGAACCUACUACUUACCGAUUACUGUUGGAUAGCCAGAUCGAUGAAACCGAGCACAAGUCAGUCUUCCAUAUGCACGACACCCAUGGAAAAUAUGGGUUCCAGUUCAACUUGAGCUCUAUCUAUAGCGAAGAAAAACUCCACGUGGUCAUGCAAUCGGCUCUAACGCACAAAGAACUAACACUGAACGAGACUAAGUUGACUGCGGAAAUGAUUAUCGCACCCGAGUGGUUACUGGUGCUGUUACAAGACGAGGAAUCCAGAGAAAAUAGCAAAGUGUGGUUGAAACUGGAAACAAACCUGUUUCACUUUGACAGACUUUCUUGUGCGAACAUACCUGCGCAUAUAGUUCUACAAGUAUUUGAAACGUUGUUGAACGUAUCCAUAUAUGCGAGGAAUGGCAUCGGGUUGGUUGAGUUCCGCAGCUCAGAUGAGAAGGAACUAAGAGGUAUGGUAUCACUAAAAGAAAACAAAUUGCGGGCUGUGGAUGAGGACAGUCUGUUGAAAGAACUUGCCAUAUCCGUUAAUUCCACUUUCGUAGAAAUCCCACAUCUACGUCUGCUUUUAAGAAUUGAGAGGAAAUUCCACAUACAAAACGGUGCUCUGAAUCUCUUUGGGGUAAUCGUGGAAACGGGAUACGACGUGACUCACAAUGCGCACUUUCGUCUUAUGAUGGAGAAAUCCGACUCAGAUGGCGUGCUUAUGGCCCUGAAUAAUUUGUAUUUUCUGCCGAUGGUCGUUCAUCUUUACCUAUCCGACAGUCUGUGUGAAUGGCGAGUAUCCAAACCAGAACAAGGAACAGGACUUUUGUCAGAUUCUUUAAACACGUCUAUUCGUUGUGCGUCCUGGGAAAACGCUACUCAUGACUGCGCCGCAGUUCUGGCUUACGGGCCGAAAUCCUUUCAUAUAUACACUGCCGCUGAUCCACGCUUUGGAGCGUAUCAGCUCAUUUCUACAUUUAAUGAAAAGUGGAGAUUUGGAACGACACUGACGGCGCGGCGUUCAUUUUUUGAAUGGGGUUUACUGACACCUCUGAGGGAUAUUGUCAUUACCCGAAAAAUACUCAGUUCGCAGGAUACCAACCAAACUACAUUAUGGAACAUACAAAGCAUUCCACGAGAAGCUGAUUUGGACAAUGAAAACAGAUUCGUGAACACAUCGAUGCAUUUACGUUAUGCUGAGGAGCGAAUUGCUCCACACACGGACAGCUGGCUUUACGGAAUUGAACUCAACUCCGAACUUCUCAAGAAGGGAACAAUUGGACUGUUCUUCAACUGCACUCAGACUGCCGACAAUUUGACUUUUUGGCUCAGGUCCACAAGUGAAAAUGGAAACCUAACCUGGAACCAUCUACUGCUGAAGUUGCACAGGGUGAUGAAGAAUACAUUCCGUUCAAAAUUGCAUUUGAACAUUGGCAAUAAGGAAGUGCUGAUAACUGGGAAAAGUCUGAUGGAGGCACAGCGCUUGCAAUCAGCAAUCAACGUUACCACACAAAACACUCGAAACUGGAACGUCUCAAUCGACUCGUGGAAGCUCAUCGAGUUUACAGACGGAAAAGGGACGCACAUUUUGCAUCGGUUUGAUUUGAAUAGUCCCGGCAUAUUGAUGCAAAAUCGCCUGUAUCUGCAUGAUGGAUUGAUCAACAUUAACCAGACAACUCGGCUCCGUACUUCUCCCGCUGAUUUAAUGGUUCAAGCAUCUUCACGGAAGGGUGUGGUGUGCUUAGUUGGAAAAAGCCAGGGUACUGAACACAUACUGGAGGUGAAACACAAUUCAUCUCCAGUUUUCAACCAGCGUGACGCCGUAUUUCGUGUCUACGUUGAUCCGGACAAUAUGUUGUACAUCAGUUUACACUGGCGCCCGACUUUCUUCAAGGAAGCCCUGACUAACGGCACAGAACUGAUGCACGGGCCUAACGUGGAACGGUUGCUGGAAGCAGCUGUCCAACCCACCAUUGGUUUUAUUACGGAAGCAUUUGAUCACAUUUACGACUAUUUCCUCUCAAAAGCAAUAGACUGGCAACUAAUAGAGGCGAUAAAGAACACACUGGUUGAAGAUUUUCAAACAGUUCCUGACACACUCAAGGAGUGGCUUGAAAAAGAUACUUUUUAUCUGCACACACUGGACCUGCCACUGAUUUCACGGUUGUCGUUGCUGAAUAUAACUGAAUUCGAAUAUAAUAUCACAGAAGCUUUCGGUGAGGUAUCUGACGCCUUCAAACAUGCAAGGAGUGUAAUGGCUUCGCCGACCCGUUGGCUGACGGAUCGCAUUGUGCCUCUGAUGGAAGAACUAGCUGGCCGUCAAUACGAGUCCCUGAAACGCACGUUAACUGCUUUACUGAGAGAAACAAACCAAACCCUUCAGAAGGCUAACGAACUUCGUCAUUACCUUUUCUUCUUAGUGUCGGCUCCUCUAGAAGCAUUUGGCAGCACUCGAUGGACGAUCUUCAAGUGGGCCGAGGAGUUUUGUAACAACUUGUACAUGAAUUCCCUCUCACCAGUCCUUGGUAUUCUACAGGAUUUUAGCGGCUUCUUGUUCGAAAACCUGCGAGUGCUUGCUUCUAUUGGAGAAUAUUUUGAUUAUUGGUUACAGAAUAUAAGGCGAGGAGCAAUAUUUACCUUACAAGAACUGAACAAACUGAUCUUCGGAUCCGAACCAAGAAUGACCUGGUCGCGCUUGAUUUAUUUACUGAUCAACAACCAUACUGAAGAAGCAUACCAAACGGUGUUCCAUCCUGAACGUCAUGAAUUUAACGCCAACUUCGAUAGAGGAUCCAUUCAAUCUUUUUGGGACGAAAACUACCGUAAGCUCCACAGCGAACCAGGUACUGCUAAUGUUUGUUCCAAAAGAAGGAAUGAAGUCACUCAUGUAUUUGUACGACCAAUAUCAGCGGAGCUUCGACUCAGCGGCUGGAUGCUUAUUGGACCAUAUCCAAUUGCUCAUUUGGUGACGUUCAAUGGACUAUACGUCCCGAUUCCAAGGACAGUUCCUGCCACCUACUUGUUGGCCAAGGACUGGGUUACAAAUGCGAUGAAAAUCGUGCAGUCCGUUGGGGCGAUAACUUGGAGGACAAGAGUAUACUUUGGGGAAAUCAGCUUAAGCGUUGGUCACGAUGGGAAGGUAAUGCUACAUACGGAAGAAACGUCCAGACCACAAGUACUUCCUUUAUCGAUCUCUCUAUCUAAUUGUACGCUGGUGGUCCGACGCAUAGCAGACCGGAUAACGGUUGUAGGAAGACAUCUUCACCUGUCUGAUGCUCUAUUCGUCAUCCAGUUUGACAUCGGAUUACAGCAAAUUCAGUUUACGUUGGAUGGCUACUGGCACGGUAGAACUCUUGGUCUACUCGGUGCCCACACGUUCGACCAGAUUGACGAACUCAAGGGACUUCAGGGACAACCAACUCAGCCUGCAAAUAUGACCGCUUACAGUUGGUGCUAUCAGCAUCCUCCAGCAGACGAGAUGUUUCCGCACAAAUUUCGAGUUAUUCAGGAAUUACUGGAUAAACAGUUGGACAACUCUACUGAGAUCACAAAUAAACUAUGUCUUCAAUACUUAAACAAACUUUCUUCAUGCUACGACAAAGUCCCUGUCUAUCCCUGGUAUAAGGCAUGCCGUACGUUUGUACACCACCAAAAUUUACCGUCAAACUUGGUAGAAGAAACAGAAGGAGCUCCGCAGGAUAAGACGUCAACUGGUGAGCAGAGCAGGCAUGAGCAUGUAUGUCGCAUUGUUCGAUCGUUCGUUCAACUGUGCAAUCAGAAGCAAGUGGCCGUUCGCGUGCCGCCAGAAUGUGUUAUCUGCGACAGUUCGUUGAAGGCUGACGGCCUUAGUCAGGUGACGUUUUCCGAGACCCCAGCCCGACGUGGUCACGUAUUAUUUGUUCUCCAAAUGCACCAGUGUCUGGUUGAGCGCCGCGAUGAAAUAGCCAAUCUCAUAUGGGCACUGGAACGCGACCCGACCAAAGAUAUGGAGUACUCUGCCGUCCUGUUUGAUGGGCCGGUUGAUAUCGGUGACAUUACCUGGCUAACCUCAGCCAGUGGCACAUUAAUAAACAUGACGGGGUCAACUUUCCUACGUACUUUAGAUUCUGUACUGGAAAGUUUUCGUGAGAACGCGUCAAAAUGGACGGUAGUGAACAAGCCUGUCCUGGAUGUUGUAUUGAAUGCACUACAUGGUCCUUCGUCUGCCGGAGCAGUGCAUAUGGCACUUUUGCUCUAUUUGUGCGAAGAAUGUACUGCAAGCAAAUCAUCGAUGUACGGUCCCGUUCAACGAAUGUUAGAAAGAAAAGGUAUCGAAUUUCACUACCUCCCACACACAUCAUUCAAAACAGCGAGUGGCUCUAGUGGGACAAUUUUUCUGCUUCAAGGUGACGAGACGGUCCACGAGUUGACAGGAUCCGCGGUGAGCAAACGUUCGAACAUGGGGUCAGUCAUGCCUCCACGAGACCAAUGUACUAUUAUCGCACAAAAGCUAAAUGGCUACAUUUGGGCAUACCGAGAUGUGACCGGUCCACUUAGCAGACGGACCAUUGCAAUCGCAAUGGCGAAGAUACUGAAACGCCCAAUGGCGAUCCAUAAAAAAUGCUACUGUCGAGACAAUCGUUAUGGUCAAGGAAUCCUCGACUGCAUUACGAAUAUGACGCUUGCAGCUGAAACCAUUUUUUCUAAUUAAACCGUUUAUAUACAUAAACGCCUAUGGCUUUUUCCAGGCAUAAGCAGGUCAACCGCCCUUCUUUGUGUUAUGGACAUUAUGCCCUCAACCUUCAUCCGCUAAGUUGUCAUCCAGUUUAUUCGCUUCUAAAUAGAUGAUAUCCGGUGC